AAUGUUUAUUGAUUGGGUCUAUCUGACAGCGGUGAGGUUCAGAGUCGUUAUGGCGUCGCACCGAACGAGAAUGGUAUUUUUCAGCUGCCGCAUGUAUUGGAAUUUACCAGUCAUGUUCCACGUUCUUUUGGGGGUUUUGUAGUUAAAUAUACACAUGCAAAUGAAGGAAGAAGAUAAUAUACCGGGCACGGUCAAUGGCACCGUCAUGGAGCGAAAAAAAGGUGGUGUCGAAGAUAGCAGGGGUUGUACGGACACACUGGUUUACGAAGCGGGAUCUAAUCAAGCUGCAGGUCGUGGCGACCGCAAUGGUACAGGAAACCGUGUCGGAACGGGGAUACGCGUUCUAAAGCGGAACAUGAAGAGGAAUGGGAGCAGAGGCUGUGUUACCAGGAAGACCCGCUUUGGAUCACGGGAGCGGGAUUGGCUGAAGGGGGAUGCCAAGCGAGGCUGUGUGUGUCUGUACGGGGGAACAGUUGACCCCCAGCCCCCAGCCUCGGGCCCACAGGCCUCCUCCACCCUCCAGGCAGACCUGCGGCUGGUGCUAUGCUCCACCACUACCACGGUGGAGGAGCUGUGUGCCCAGAGAGAAGUAGAGGGACUAUACCUGCAGCUCCAUGGAGACCUGCUCAGGAGGCUGGACCCCUCUGAGCGCCCUCUCCAGAUGGUGUAUGACUACCUGGCUGCUAUAGGCUACCAGGACCCUCUGCGGGUUCAGAGAGAGGCGGCCAACUCGGACCUCAGCUGCAUGAUCCGCUUCUACAGUGAGUGUCCAAUGAACGCAGACCAGCAGGAGCGAACCCUGCUGACGGGCGUGUUCAGCGUCAGGAAGGGGAAGACCCAGCUGCACAAGUGGGCAGAGCGCCAGGUCCUCCUGUGUGGCACCUGUCUGAUUGUGGCCUCCGUCAAAGACAGCCUGACGGGGAAGAUGCACAUCCUGCCCCUGGUGGGGGGAAAGGUGGAGGAGGUGAAGAGGAGACAACACUGUCUGAUGUUCAGCUCAGCCGGACCUCAGGCCCAGACAUACUUUGUUAAUUUCGACACACUGGCAGACUAUCAGAGGUGGCAUCGGCAGGCUUCAAAAGUGGUUUCUCAGACCAUCAGCCUGGUGGAUCUGUCAUGCUACAGUCUGGAGGAGGUGCCAGAGUACCUGUUCUACAGCCAGGACCUCACCCACCUCAACCUCCGACACAACUUCAUGUCCCUGCAGGGCCCCGGAGGACUGCUCAACCUCCCCAGGUUUUCCCAGCUGAAGAGCCUGAAUCUUUCACAUAACCGCCUGGGAGUGUUUCCAGAGUCUGUAUGUGAGAUCCUCACCCUGACAGAGCUCAACCUCUCCUGUAAUGGCAUGAACACUGUCCCCGCACAGAUAGGCAACCUCCAGAGUCUGCAGACCCUGUCUCUGGAUGGGAAUCAGUUGAGCUUCCUCCCUGAAGAGCUUGGCGGCCUAGCUCAGCUCAGCAGCCUGGGGCUUUCCUUCAACAACUUCCCCCACAUCCCUGGUGUGCUGGAUAGGCUGAGUGGCAUGGACAGGCUAGCCAUGGCUGGGAACAGGGUGGAGACCCUGGAGCUGGGGAUCCUUGCCAGAAUGAGCCACCUCAAGAACAUCGACCUGCGGCUGAACGGUCUACGCUGGGUGAAGAGUGAGGCCCUGGAGGCAGUGAAGCAGGUGACCCAGCUAGACCUGAGGGACAACCACUUGGCCACCCUGGACCUGAGCUCCAUCUGCAGCCUGGAAACCUUGCACUGUCAGAGAAACCAGCUGAGGGCACUAACACUGAGUGGCUUCACCCUGCGCACACUCCACGCCAGCAGCAACCGCCUGACCACAGUCAACAUCUACCCAGUACCCAACCAGCUGACACAGAUGGACCUAUCACGGAACCUGCUGGAGUACCUUCCAGACUGGGUGUGUGACAGUAGGAAGGUGGAGGUGCUGGAUGUUACACAUAACUUCCUGUCUGAACUACCAGCCAGACUGCUCAGCAGCCUGAGUCUGAGGAAGCUGCUGGCUGGGAACAAUAGGCUCCAGAGACUGCCUGACCUACUUGACCACGUCCCCCUGGAAGUACUCGACCUCCAGCACAACAAGCUAGGCGAGCUCCCGGAGAGCCUCUUCUACAAGGCCUUAAACCUAAAGUACUUGAACGUGUCAGCCAAUGCCCUGGAGAUAAUUCCCCCCAGCAGCCAAUCAGAGGAGAGCCUCAGCACUCUCCAGGAACUGUACCUGACGGGGAACAAACUGAAUGAGAACUGCGCUGCCCUGCUGGUGGGACACCAGAACCUCAGAGUCUUGCACAUGGCCUACAACCAGCUGCUCUCUUUCCCUGCCAGUAAACUGAGUAAACUGGAGCUGCUGGAGGAGCUGAAUCUGAGUGGCAACAAGCUGAAGACCAUCCCCUCCACCGUGUCCAGCUGUAAGAGGCUACACACCCUCAUAGCACACUCCAACCACAUCAGUGUGUUCCCCGAGAUCCUCAACCUGCCAGAGAUCAAGCUGGUGGACUUGAGCUGUAAUGAGCUGACUGAGAUCCUACUGCCAGACUCUCUAAUGGCCACCCUGCACGAACUGGACCUGACUGGCAACAGCAGUCUCAUGCUGGAGCACAAAACACUCAACCUGUUCAGUCACAUCACCACCCUGAAGCUGGACCAGAAGCCAGCCAUGAUGGCCGGGGACUCCCUGGGCUCCUCCACCCUGUGGAAUCACGGCUACUCUGAGAUGAGCGGACAGAGGAACAAGUUGUGUGUGUCUGUGCUGGCAGUGGACCGCUUUGGGGAUAGUGUUGAGGCGGCCUAUGGCGUCUUUGACGGGGACCGCAAUGAGGAAGUUCCUCGUCUGCUGCAGUGCACCAUGGGAGAUGUGCUGUCGGAGGAGCUGCUACAUUCCAGUGUGGACAGUGUGUACAUGAAUAACACCUUCCUCACCUCACACAGGAAACUGGGCAUGGCUGGUCAGAAGCUGGGUGCAUCUGCCCUGCUCUGCUACAUCCACCACGAGCCGUCGGAGCUGGGCAGCUACUUCAGCCUGACGGUGGCCAACGUGGGCAGCUGCCAGGCGGUGCUGUGUCGAGACGGCCAGCCUCUGCCCCUCUCCAAGGUCUUCAGCCUGGAGCAGAGCACCGAAGAGAUGGACAGGGUCAAACUCAGCAAGGCGAUCAUCACUGAGGAUAACAAGGUGAGUGGAGUGACAUGCUGCUCUCGCCUGCUGGGAUGCUCUUAUCUGUCUCCCUGGGUGCUGCCCAAGCCAUGGGUACGCACCGAGCCCCUGUGUUCCCAAGAUGACUUCCUGAUCCUGGGGAACCGGGCGCUGUUUGAGAGGGUGUCCUACCAGGAGGCCGUGUGCACUGUGCAGGCCGUGAGGGACCCCCGCGCAGCUGCCAAGAAGCUCUGCACGCUGGCCCAGAGCUACGGCUGUCGGGACAAUGUGGGGGCGGUGGUGGUAUCCCUGCACAUCGGGGAGGACAGCUGUACCUGUGAGACCACUCAUGGCAAUACUGGUACUGAACCCCGGGGACCCCCUCCAACACCCCUCCCUGUCACUGCUCCCCCAGGGGAACCGGCCACACCCUCCUCCAGCAGUGGCAUUGCCUCAGAGUUCAACAGCGAGACUUCGGCCUCGGAGGUGGGGAGUGAGGCGGGCUCCACGGCCUCUGACGAGCACCCCUCUGGCCCCACGGCCCGACCUGAGAGGCGCUGUAGCCUCCACCCUGCAGCCACGCUCUGUGCCCCCGCGGGACCCGGCUCAGCUGGGGUAGGGGGGCCCCACCAAGUCCUGUUCCAGCGCCAGCCCUCCUGUGCCACCUUUUCCAGUAACCAGUCUGACAACGGGCUGGACAGUGAUGACGAGGCUCCACUAGAGGGAGUCAUCUCCAACGGGAGCAAGCUGGAGGUGGAGGUGGACAUCCACUGCUGUGCUUUCCAGAUCCGUUCUGGGCCAGCCGCAAGCCCCAAGGACCACAACCUGGACAAGACGCGCUCAGACUACCCCAACGGAAAGAUGCGUCGUCAGAACAGCGUGGUGGUGUCAGCCACUAACGGCUGCCUGCUGGCUGUGUGUGGCAGGGAGAUCUCCGACCUAAAGAAGUCCCCCUCCACCUGCAGCCUCUUUGGGAAGAAGCUCUCCAACGGCUCCGUGGUGGCCCCGGAAGAUAGCCACAACCUCAUUGAGGUAGCCGUGGAGGCCCCUAAGAAGAAGUCGGGUUACUUCACUGCCCCUGCCCAGCAGGACCCCGAGGACCAGCUGGUAGUGCCUCCCAGUCUAGAGCAGGAUGUUAGGGAACAGCUGAGGGGCCAGAGUCCUAUGGUCCCUGGACCUCCACCUCCUUUCACACCCCCCUCCAUCAGAGACCCUGUGUGGGACCACCCCCCUGCUCCCAUGCUGCCCCAGCGGGACCUCGCCCCCAACCCUAUCCCUGCCCUACAGCAGGAAGUCUAUGAUACUGCCCUCUAGAGGGGACCAGAGCACAGCACCACCCUGUGGUAGUCCUGUGACAGUGCCAUACCAGGGGGGCAGAGGAGGUCUCUCUGGCACAGGUGGGAUAUUCAAGUUCAAGUUUCUAUUCAGCUCUGUCAUGAAGACAUGUGGGGCCUUGACUGUACACACAUGAAUGCGUUACGUCAUGUUAGACGAAGAGAGGUGCUUAGCUAACUGUCUGAUGAACCUGGUGGAACUGUCUGAGUAUCAGAGCUGAACAGGCACUGAAAUUACCACCCAUGAAAAGAGGUUGUGAAAAGUAGGGGGCCACCGGAGGCCAAAAUACCCCAGCCUGAUCUAGAAUAUCUCAUGCGUUUUAGACUGUAGAACUUGUUUGCAACAUUUCCCUUUACUUGGAAGGAAGGUCAAGUAAUGAAACAGUAGAAGAAUCCCUUUGAGUGUGUUAUCAUUCCAUUGCUGGGGGCUGCAGGGGCUCUUAAGCUCUUAGAUCCCAGGGACAAGUCCUGCGACCAAAAGGUGAAAAAGUGCCUACUGUAGAUGACUCAGCCCCAGAUGUCCCUGCCUGUGUGUGUGUAUGGAGGGGGGGGCAUCAGUAUUAACCCUGGAGGAGGACAUCACUGUGUGACAGCGUCCUCCAGGGGCCACCAAUGGUACAGCCACUUCUCUCUAUAUCUAUGUCUCUAUCUAUCUCGCUCCCUCUAUGACUGCACAAUGGCAGCCGACAUGGCUGGCAGGACUGGAAUCUGGGGUUAUCUGGGCUUACUCUGUGGUACAAGGAUUCAGACUGUGUAUGCUAGAGGCAAGUAGGAACAUAACAGCAGAUGAUAAAAAACAAACAGAAUUUUAAUUUAUUAAAAAAAUGAGGAUGUGACCCUUUCUAUCUACACCAUAAUCCUCUAUAUGGGAAAUACAGUUAGUAUCUAUAUACACAUUUAGUCUGAGCAGUAUAGUGCAGAACCACAUAGUGGUGUAAUCACAUGGCAUGCUUGGCCUAGUCUUAGCAUCAGGAUGCCUAUCCAUUUGGAAACCAUUGAAGCCUUGCUGGGAGGAAUAAUAUAGAAAAUAACGUUCAAAAAUAGCAUCAAGCUCUCAAAAAAAGGCAAACUCAAAAUAACAUGACAGUGCAUUGCUCACCUGUACAGAACCAAUAUGGCAUACUGCUUCAAAACCAUUAUUGUAACACUGUAUCCGUGACAGUGCAUGGUCAGCGAAUUUUAACAGAAAAAGUUGUUAUAUUAAUUAUGUCUUAUGAGCAACAUGAGUGGUGACAAUAAAGGCAAAACAAUCGUUCACAGUGUUCAUAUCUCAAAGACGCUGCAAUGCACACUAGAUACUGUACAGUAAUCAUUACAAAUGAUGGGUGAGAACAUGUUCUUCACAUUAUAGAGUGCCAUCAUUUAAGGAGUCCAGAUACUGUGAGGUGUGUAGCCCCUUUUUCUAUCGUUUUUCUAGUUUCACGCUUGUUGUACCCAGGAAAUGGUGCAAAAUCUCUCCCAGUGACCAACGUAUCAAAAGUGUUUUUUAAGGUUUGGGAAUCAUUCUAUUCCCAUUCCAUUAGCUUCACAGUCAACUGAACAAAAUAUCCAUGAGUAGUGUACUAAAAUGGUAUAUUAUUUUACAUGUAGAGGUAUAUGUAAUGUAUGUAUGUAUGUAUGUUGUGUACUAUUUGAUACAAAGAUAGUUUGCAAAAUUCCUUUAGAGUCUACAGAUAUAGCUGGUUGAUGCCCUUCAUUUUAAGUCAGUGACCAGAGAGAGAAAGAGUAAAAAAUAAUAUGAUUUACUCAUUGAAAUAAUUAGAUAUUUCAUUCUCAUAGAUCUACUGACAGAUUCAAUAGGGGUUUGUGGGACAUCUGGUGGUGAUAACUAUGAAUUGCCUCAGAUGUUAGUUAUAUAUCAGUGAAUAUCACCAGUGUACUGUACUACCACCUACUGUAUAACAGAUUUAGAACAAGUACAGUGUGUUUUUGUUGGCAGGACAGAAAAGCUCAUUGUCUUGGCGACAAUAAGUGCUGCUUUGAGUAAGAGGGGUGGUGUGAAGCUCACAUGAGUGGCAACACCAAAUCAAAUCAACACGUGUAUGCUAGAGGGAAGUAGAUGGGGUAUUGUGAAGGAACAACGGUUCAAGGGGCAUGUAGGACACCUGACCUAAUGCUGAGGAGGACGUUAUCUUACUCUUCUUUCACAGUGUAGAGACAAGCCUUUGUCUGCUCCAUAUGUUCCAUAGCUGUCAGAGGACCUUUGGUUAAUGAGAAAAUGGGUUUAUCAGAUUAUGUUUUUGUGGAAUUUUAGCAAAAAUCUACAAUAUGCAAUACUCUUAUCUACAAAUCAACUCCCCGGAGCUAAUGAUUGCAUCCAUCUCAAAUUUGUGUCCUGGGAUGAUGCAGAUGUGGGUUAAAGUAUUGACUGUAUUUUGACACACAAAAUAAAAACCCAGGUAUUCUUAUGUAUUGGGUCAAUGAGACAUUAACUUAGACACCUCACUGGAUAAGAAGUGAUGACAUCACAAUGAGGAAAGCACUUUUGUGUCACGAGAAGAGAUUGAAAAGAAACUAAAGUAUUGCGUGUAAGCCAUUCAUUUUGCAUCAGAAUUUGAGUUCAGACUUUAUUUGGGGCAUUUGCUAAUGGUUUUAGUGUUGCUGCGGUAUGGAGUGGUCCACAGUAUGGCACUGGCUUUUAUCUAACACAGACAUGGUGAAAUAUGUCAGUCAUGGACAUUGCUUUGAAUAAAGGCAUCCGCAUAAUAUGGGUCAGUAGACUGAAUAUGACAUUUCUAUAAAGUUGCACUUGUGCUCCGGCGAUGUUAGAAGAUAGGAUACCGCUAAUUGACUCAUCAUUGAUAUAACAAAGCUGCAGACCAAAAUCUAUCCCCCUUCCCCCUUGUGCCAAACUGCCUAACCCAUUCUAGAGAGGACAACAGUCUGACUUAGUAAGAGGGGGCUUGUGGUCUGACUAGAGAAUGACCAGGAUGUGUUCCUAGAUGCCACUGUGAAAAGGCUAGUGGCAUGGUUGUCGUGUUGUACUUACCAUAGCUGCUUAGCUAGCUACAACCCUCUCUAUGCUUGUUCAUAGCCUUAAUGCAGCGCUGCCAGUCCUAAUGAUGAUGGGGACUGUAUUUUUCUGUUGGUUUUAUUUCUUUUAGUGGAGGUGGUUUUGCCCUUUGACCUUAUGUGGCAAGGUCAGGAGCAUAGAACACCUAAAAAUCCAAUAUUUGCAUUAUUUUCUCCAAAUUGCAGAGGGAGCAAGGCAAAGUUUCAAGCCAGUAGAACAAGGCUUGGGAUCAGAGGGGUGGAUUCUAAAGGUUUAGUAGAAUUGGCAGUAUUUUAGAUGCUCAAAAACCUCACAGCAGCUUCGAAAUGGCUAUUUACAUUCUUAACGUUAUCGACUGGAAUGAUUGGUGAAUUUGCCUUUCUAAAGCCUGUUUGCUUAUAAUAUGAGAUGUAUUACGUAAGUCUAAUUCACUUAUUUUGUCCCAACUUCAGACAAAAUCUGCUCUUCAAAGGAUCGAACACUGUUUAAAGCACUUUGUACAUAGGGAGAUGAAUAUAUUCAAAGAUUGAUAUUUGAGUAUUAGGUGAGAUAUUUAUCAAAAAUGCACAUUAACUCAUAGGGCUUGAGUUGUCAUUGUUGUGGCUUCUGUCAGCCAAACAUAUCAUGUCUUCUCUAAGAGAAAGUAUCCAAUAGAAGUGCUAAUAAUUCAAAGUAAAGUGUGAGAGAAUUACAAAACUGCUUUUUCUGGUGGAUGCAAGUUUGUCUUUCAGCACAAAGAUAGGCAUUGUUCUUCCUUGUUCAAGUCUUAAGGCUUUUUUUGUAUUGAGUCAUUCUGCUUCCAUGAGAGGAACAGCAGCUGGUGUUGAGGGGUAAAAGGUUGGCUCAUUCUAGGGAUGAUAAGUGGCAGAAAGCAGGCCAUUUGAAUAUUGCUUUGUUUGCUAACGGAAGCCACCUGCUGUGGCUCAGGUGGCAACACAGGUGUGGGUUUGCCCUCCACCCUGAAAUAAAAAAUAGCAUUUCAGGACAGACUAAAGAAACUGAUUUGUGCUUGCACACAUUUGACAUUUUCAUAUGGCAUUUAAGUUGAGAACAUAAGAACAGUAUGAAGAGGUGAUUGUCUUUUGAUGUGGUUGGUGGAACAAGAGAAUUCAAAGUUCUCAUAAUCCUCUUAAUGAACAGGAAGUUGGACUUCAAAUACACUACACAAUGUAGAUGAUUAUAAACAUGAAUUAUAUCACAUCAAAUAUGCAAAGUGUCACCUGUAUAUAUUACUAACAGGUUACACACCUGACUUAAAAAUAGGAGGAUCCUUUUUUCUUAACUAUAAAAAUGAGUAGUAACUGAACAUUCUUGUCUGUGUGUGCGUAUGCAUGUGUGUGUGAAUCAUGAAGUGCAGUGUUCUGCCAUCGUGUGCGUUUUGACAACUCUCUUUCUGCGCAGUGAUCCAUGUAGAAAAGUUGAUCAAGAGGCUCCAUAAUUGGCCCCUAGUUUGCCAAGUGGGGACCAGCAAAACACUGCUAAGCUCUGUGCGUCCCAAAUGCACCCAUGCUAUGUGCUCUAGCAGCCAAAAAUGCAUUCCGUAUGUCAGAACAUGCAUCUGCAGAUCCUUAGCCAAGUAUUAUUUGUCAUUUUAUUUAGUCAACUCUCCCUUGUUUUUGUAAAGAACCAAAAAGUUGACUCCUGCUAACAAGAGCUAGAAACAAUAUUGAUUGAGAAGGUCAUUAACCUAGAUGGAGGAAUAAAUGUGCCUGUACAUAUGCAAACCGUACGUAUAGCUACAGGAAGAUGGGGCACAGAUCAAGGUGACAUCACAAUGAUGGCAAAGUAUUCCCUUUAAUUAUUUAGUAGAGGAGAGCAACUACUGUUCAUGAUCUGAGUGCACCAUAAUCCUAUGUAAAUACAGGUGUGUGUGUAUGCAUAUUUAAGUAGGUUAUGGUGUCAAUGCUUUUCUGAUUCAGUUCAUCCAAUCUCUGUAAACCCAUUAUAGGUUUUAUUUCUCUUCUCAGAGGGAGAACAUGCUGCCUGUUUGUCAUUGCGGUCUGAGAAAGUAUGCACACAUGCAUGCAUGUGUUGCUAUUAUAUUUAACAGAAUGAAUCUCCAUUCUGUUAAAUGAUUAUGGUGAACUCUGGAAAGAAUCUGAUAUUGAGGAUGUUUCAAUUGUGUAACAUGUGACCAAAGUAAACAUGGUUUGAUCUCACCUUUCUUUCUGUACCUUCUUUUCUAGAGAUGCUUGAAUAUUUUCUCUCAAUGGCAAGAAGCUGAGGUUUAUUUUUGUACAUUGUUCCAUGCAAAUGUAUAGGUCCUUCUCCACUACAGAAUCUAGAAUAAAGGGAUUCUAUAGUAUACCGUCACAGAUUAUUGUAUUUUUAUUUAAGAUACUAAUUAAUGUAUUUAAUGUCUGAAGCAUGCCAUAUAUAAUAUAUACAAUGCAUAUAUGUGAUUACUUUGUACAAAAUGUUAACAAUAUGUUUGUAAGCCAAGGCAUUGUUUUGAAUAUCUGGAGCAUAUCUAAUAUUUUUGUUUAUAUUUUAGCAUGCAGAAAACUGCUACAUAUUUUAAUUCUGUUAAAUAUUUGAUGUAAAUAGUUUGAAGAUACCUUGUUUUAUCAUUUAGGAAAAGAACUAACCAUGAGCACUUUUGCACUCCUUAAAAUUGAGUGGGCAAUGGUUUAUUUCAUUUGAGAUGCUGCUAUGACUAGUUUUGAGCAGAAAAGCUGUAUUUUUAAUUAACUUUCAGCCAAGUAGCAAUAAAAAUUUAUACUGUGAAAAA